AACACUAAGAGGCGCCGUUGUAAAGGUGAAGCCUCGACCCACAACCGUCCAUAACCAUAAACAAAUGGUCGACGAUGUUUCUGUAACGUCAACUACGAAGGACCUUUUGUUUUUAAAGGUUAACUUAUUGAAGAGACGAAUAUCCUAUCGAGAUAAGAUAUAUCAAUAAAAGGUCGCUUCUCUGAGAAUCCGUCCGGUCCUUUGCACGACUGUUGAGAAAUUACAGAAGAUCAGAUGACACACACUGUCUAGUGUGGGUCGUCUCACUUGGCACUGAACAUCUACAUCAUUUAUGCGACUUAUUUAAGGCAAGGGCAAGUGGAGAAAAAUGGCAAACAAAGAUGGAAAAAGUGGAGAUAAACCAACAUUCACAAAUCCCUUUUUGCUUCCUUCAUCAUCUGCAGCCAGGCAAAGAACAGCAGCAUCAGAAUCAAGUAAUAUACCACGGCCAUUUGGCACAGUAACAUCAGGCCCUUUUGUGUCGUCAGGAAAUACCGUUUCAUGCUCCGCUGAUGUCUUUACAACCAGUUCAAGAAAGCAAUCCGUUUCCUCCUUACCGUCAAGUACUUUUCCAACUUCAAGUUUCAAAACCUUUGAACCUGGAGCAUCAUUUAUCAAUGUUUCAUCUAGGCCAAGUGGGAUGUUUGGGGCAGAUGGUGGUUUAUCCAAAUCAGGUACAUAUACUUUUCCUGUAUUUGGAGGAGAGAAAAAAGAAAAGGGCAUUGCCAGUGAUGGUGGAUUUCGUAAGGUGAGUGCAGAAGCUCGCCAUGAGUUUGGGAUGAGUGGUAAAGCCAUAUCAAGUAACCUAGGCUUCGGAGCUUUCAGUUCAGGGCAGAGAUCUGAUUACCAAAGAUCUGAUUCCCAACAUCAUCUAGAUAAGACUAGCUCAAAACUGUUUGACAGUGCAUUGAAAAGAGGAACACAGUCCAAAAGUGUGCCCCUAGUUUUUGGUGAAAUAUCGAGCGGUACAGGGUCUCAAAAUAUUCCACUUUGUGGAAAUGUCACGUCUGUUAGCUCACCUCCAACAAAUGUGUUUGGGGGUGUGGCUGACUCAGGUGUAAGUAAAAGUGAGAAAUCAGCAGAGAUAUCUUCUAAAAAAUUAAAUGUUUUUGGUGGGACCCCAAGUACGUGUCUCUUUCAUUCGUCAUUUACAGGAAGCGGAAGUCUUGGAACGCCAGGCAUGUUCACUACUUCAGGCAAUGCACCAUCUUCAGCCUUUACACUCUUUAGGAAUUCAGGAAGUGCAUCAGGAACCCCUGCAACUGGAGCACCAGCUAUUUUUGGUGGAGCUAGUGCUACUUCAUCAUCAUCUAUUACUUCUCACAGCGGUUACAACGCCGCACCUGUGCCUAGUAUAUUUGGUGGAAAAGUUGAGGGAACAAAAAGAGGAGGAUCAGUUGUGACGUCCACACCCAACGUCUUCGGCAGCAUUACUGGAAGUACCAGUUGUGUUACCAGUGUUUCAUCUACUAUUCCAAGACUCUUUGGUGGUAUACCUAGCAGUGCCUUGGUCAGUGAAGUUUCAUGUGGAGAUGUGAAACCAUCUGUUUCAAGUAUUGCUUCUGUACCUAAGUUGUCUGUAGAAGCUGAUACAUCUCUUCCUCCAGCCCCUAUCUUUAAGCUCCCUAGCAAUACUUCAGAAAAUAUAACAAUCAGUUCUGAAACAAAGUCAGACACUCCUCCAGUUCCAAGUCUUUUUGGAGGAACGAUUGCAAGUGAAACAAGUAGUAUGCCAGUAGCAACUGUAAGUAAUUCUUCUAGUAAAACAUCUCAAAUGAUUCAUGCAUGUGAGCCAUCAAAGAGUCAAGACCAGUCUGCUUUGUCAGGCAUCUCUAAAACUUAUGAUGUCACAUCAAAAGAUAAACCAUCAUCAUCUAAAGCAUUAUUUACUCCACCUGCCAGUAUAUUUGGUGGUGUUAAGAACUCAAAGGAAACAGACAGCAGUUCUCAGCAGACAUUUUGUAACAAACCAGAUUCACAAACUCUUAUUCCAGAGUUUACUUCAAGAGGAAGUUCUAAGGAAACUGGCUUAACACCAGGGCAGCCAGACAGUGCAACCAUGGACCCUAAAACAGAAGAGCAGGCUAUUGAUUCUAAAGAUCUAGAACCUGGAGAAAUAAUAGAAGCUUCAUCACUUGAAAAUGAACCAAGUGUUACUGAAAUAGGAAGUAGUGAUGUAGAUAGAGGUAAGCAGCUGGAUGAUUUACUGGAUAUUUUUGGGAAAGAAGAUGAUCCCAAGCUCACUGCAUCAGCUACAAUGGUCUCCCCACCACAGUAUGAAAAGAAAGACUUGACAAAGAUCAUCAUUGCCCAGAUUCCUGACUCGUGCAUGGAUAAAGAUAUCAUCAAAACACAUUUUCAGAAGUUUGGUAAGGUUAAGAGAGUGUUCCUCAAUCAAAAGUCAAACCAAGCUACAGUGCAGUAUGAGGACCACAAAGGAGCAUCCAGGGCAAAGCGAAAAGGUCAGAAAAUUCACCCCAACUUGCCAGAGGUCAAAAUAUUUUACGCUACUCCAGUGCGGCGAAAGAGUGAGGAUAACAGUAACGAUGCCAUACUUUCGAAGAAAAAGGCAAUUAAAACUCUUAAGCAGACUCAUCCGGUCGGUGACAGUAAAGCUGUAGGUGACUUGGACCCAUACAUACCCCUAGAAAGACCAACUCUUGGAACUCCAAGUUCUCAACCAGUUCCACCCUUGUUUACUCCUGGAAAGUAUUCAAAAAUAUCUAAGGUGUUUGCUGAAGAGAAAAAGAGUGUUAAAGUGCCAGGUCAACCUUCAACCGAAAUUCGGCCUCGCACUAUGUCUCCUCAGGCAGCACCUAGAAUUGGAUCUCCCAAAAUUACCCGAAUGGAUUCGCCAAAGUCAGCAAAGUUAAAGGUAGAGGAAAAAUUGAAGACAUUAAGUCGACCUGUCUCUCCUGCGAGAGAGUACGAUGUGUUUACGGAGAUCAAAAACCUAAAGGCAGCUCUGGAAUUGCAAGCGCUGACUUCUAACGAUAGAUUUACUGUAUUGAAGGCACGUGACAAGUUGAUGAGGAAUGAGAGGAAAAAGCGGUUGGAUAUCAAGAAAGCUGCUAGUUUAGAUGCUGGUUGCCCCGACAUGUGUCCAGAGCACGAGAGAUAUAUGAGGGAUGUCCAGAAUGACCUGAGUUCGUACGAAGUCACAAAUGGUGUAUUGGACCACAAACUGGUAGUGAAAAAGUUUUCUAGGAGUAGUGCUGAUAAAGAGGAACCCUUGCCUCAUGAACUAAGGCCAGGUCCUGUGCUUCUGAAAACUAUGGAUUUCUUGGUUUGUAAUAUAAUGGUGCUCUGUGACAAAGAAAACACAGACAUUGGAGUGUGGUACAAUUAUUUGUGGGACAGGACUCGAGCUAUCCGCAGCGAUAUAACACAGCAACAGCUCACAGAUAAUGUAGCAGUCACUAUCAUUGAGAGAUGUGUUAGGUUUCACAUAUAUGCAGCCGUACAUCUUUGUGAGGAAAGCCCUGAUGUGUUUGACAGAAAAUUAAAUACUGAAAACUUGACAAAAAGCUUACAGACUCUGAAAGAACUGUAUAAAGAUUUAGCAGAAAUGAAAAAAUUCUUUCCUUCGGAAGCUGAAUUUAGGGCAUAUGAAAUGCUCUUGAAUCUUAACGAUGGUGAGAAAAUUGUGUAUCAGUAUUCACAGUACAGAGAUGAGGUUCAGAAGUCCUCUGACGUUAAAUUUGCGCUUAAAGUAUUUUUGGCUCUUAAAUCCAAUAACUUUGUGAAGUUUUUCAAACUCAUAAGAAGUGGUACAUACCUUCAGGGUUGCAUCUUGCAUAGGUAUUUCCCUCAGGUGCGAUCAAAAGCACUGGAUAUCUUUGUUAAAGCUUAUGUUAUCUCCAAACGGGUGAGCAUACCUCUCCCAUACAUCAUUAAAACUCUGGGUUUUGAGGAUAGAACAGAUGCAGUUGGGUAUCUGAACUAUCAUGGUAUCACAGUUGACAAAGAAAAUGUUGUGAUAGCCAAAAACUUGAUUGAUCUUCACCCGGAAGGACAGCCUCCUGUAACACGACCCGUCAAGUUGAUUGAAAGCAAUCGACUGUUCACCGUGGUAGAAGUUAUACAAGGGGGUCCAAUGCCAGAGAAUCCCUUGCAGAGUUAUGUCCCCCACGAUAGCUUCGACGAGAACGGAUACUUAAACCCCGAUGCCCGAGAUGCCACAGACCAGCAGAAGAAACUGAAGUCUUUGCUCUUGGGUCAUGCCCAGUCUGCUGUACCUAAAGAGUCUGUGUUAAUGCCCACUAUUGAAGAAGCUCCGGUUGAGAUGCCCCAGGUGCCCGGUAUUCUUGAUUCAAGUGAGUCGUUUAGCACUUGUGAACAUGAUGCCAUUUCUGAUCAUGAUUACAUAACCUUCAUAACGGACGCAUACAGCAUGAUCACAACUAGUGUGGUGAGUGAACUGUCUGUAGUUAUUGCAAAGGAUUCCAUUGAAAAUGUCACUCAAGAAAAAUUACAGAAAAUGGCUGCUAAAGGUCUUAUAAAUGAUAUUGUUGUAGAAUAUAUCAAAGAAGAAAUAAAAAUGAUAGCUAAAACUUCAUAUGAUGAAGUACAUUUAGAAACAAAAGAAAAAGAGAGGAAAGAAAUUGAAGAAGCAGAAAAGAAGAGAAAAGAAGAGGAAGAAUUGCACUAUGUUGUCACCGUUUUACUGUGUAAGGAAUACAUGGCUGAUUUGCUUCCUGGGUUAAUCAAAGAGGUUUGCGAGGAGUCUGUCUUUGAGGUUGAAAAUGAAUUGCUGGAGAAAGUCCAUGCAGUUCUUGUAAAAGAACUUCCAUCUUCACUGGUCUCUGAAGUUGUACAUGAAGAGGUUCGUAAGGUGGCUACCAAAGUUAUUUCAGAAAUGUCAAAAGAACUGGAGGACAAAAUAGGAAAACUGCAGCAAAAAAUUACAUUAAGGAAAGUGAGAGAAAGUUUCAGAAAAUGGAGGAAAGUUGUUCUUCGAAUAAGGAGACGCAAGCAAGCUCAGGUUACUUUUCCUGCCUUGUCGUCGCAGCUUGAUAUUCGUGAGCAAAAUAAGGCUUUCUCUUGGGGCUAUAAGAGAAAACUAAAUGAGAAUGUCAGUGUUGACCAUCUCAUGAAGCGUAAACUGGCUUCUGCUGAAAUGUCUCAGAAAACGCUCAUCCGAAAUCAGCUUGAAAGGUCAGUUGCUUGGUUUCCCCUGUCACUAGAAAGAGAAAUGAGGAGAGUAGUUGAGAAGUAUAACCGGAUAAACAACAUAAUCAAGCACUAUUUCAAGAUUUUGAUAUGUAACUGUAGUGAUUCAGAUUUUACUUUAAUGCAGUGGCUUCGGUCAAAACUAAGUGGCUCAGAAAAUGCAGAUAUCAAUGUGGAACUUAACCAUACUCUUAGUUUUCUUUCCACACUGACAGGGCAAGAGUAUGGCUUUGUUUUUCAAGAAGUGUCUUCAAAUUGUUUACCAGAGGUUGUAAACAGUGGAACAUCAGCUAUGCUAUUUGUCACUCAUGGGUUAACUACGCAGGACCCAGACUAUGCAAGAGUGAAGAGUUGGAUCAAAGCCAACUCGGAUGUCCCUUACAAAGUGAUGUGCGAGGGAAGUCCGUUUGGUGAAGAUUGCUGGGUACUCAGUGAAAAUGAUGUACUGUUCCCAGAGACAUCAGAGAAGUUGAUGAAUUUAAUCAUUGAUUUGUGGAGUAGCCAUGCUGGAAGGAUGCAAGUGUCAUUGUCUCGUUUAGAUAGUCUCAUCCUGGGAUAUGUUGCCACUUAUUACAUCCAGCCUUCUGUUCUCAAACAGCAUGAAAGAAGCAUGGAUAAAAAGUCACCCCUUUCCCCAAUGACCUACAUUGAUUUAUAUAACUCUGCAAUUCAGUUUUUGGUAGAAGUAUUUACGGAUGACAAGUUGUCAGCGUUAGAUUGGCCACCACCUGAAUUAAGAUGUUUAGAUCAAGUCCCUCCACCUUCUUGGAAUAAUGAAGACAUGAAGCUAAUAAGCAGCACUGUUCAACAAUUGAAACUUCCAGAAUUUAGGCUUGAUGGAUUCAUGCCCUGGGAGCAGCUGGUUAAAGCACUACAUCUGUAUGUGGUACAGAUAUCACAGCCUGAAUCAUUUAGUCAUGUACUUUGGUCUCAGGUUAAUGGCCUACUCACCAAGACACAAGAGUUUCUUAAAUCCCUCUAUAGAUUGGAUUUUGAGAGUUCUGACGCAGAAAUUCACGUAUUGCAUCUUCCCUGGACAGAACUUAUACAUACAUGUGUAUCCUUUAAGUUGAGCACCCUUCCAAGCCUGCCAGUUUUCUAUCAACCACAGCUUUUAAGAUCUUUUGUUUUUCCCAAGGGAUGGUGGGAUGCAUGUGAUUAUUCAGACCCCCUCUGGGAUAAUAUCUGUUAUGAAACCCUCCAUAAAAAUUCAAGAAAACGCAAGGAUGAGGAGGACAUUAACCCCAAAAAUUCCAAGAUCCCAUCUCUUUCCUCAGAGCUUAUGUCCGAUAUCAUGAAGGAGAAAGAAAAGUAUUUAGAGUUUGAGAAGAGACUCGAAGGUGCCUUGGAGAGCCCCGAGUUAGUUGUCGAGGACCUAGAUAAAAGGGACCGGCUGGAAUUUGACGAUUGUGAUUAUGAAGAAGAUUCCGGUCCCGAGGAAGAGUUCGUCCCGUAUUCAGAACUGUCAAGCAGAAUUGCUCAAGAGAAAGAGAAAUGCAAACUAUUUCAGAAGAAGCUCGAGAGCAUACUUGGCGAUGGGGAGGACUUGUGCUUUCUUUUUAAGGAGUGAUUUUUUGGUAGAUUUCAGUUGAAUAAAUCGUCUGGUUUGAAAUCCAAAUAGAGAUUUAUUAUCUCUUAAGGGAAAUUGUUUCAGGACAUUACCUCGAGAAGGAAUGUGAAGUUUUGACAUCCUCUUAUGUAUAGAUCUUAGUGUAGAAAUGGUAAGGUAUUGGAUUCAAAGCUACUUGAAAAAAUGUUAUUUAGUUUAGUGGUCAAGUUCAGUGUUUGAAACAUUGUACUGCAGUUUGGUUGAGAGUGGCAUGAGGAAUAGCUAAUAUUGCUUUUAAUACCCGACUAUUGAUAUGCUAUUUACUUUCAGUCCCUAGCUUGAUCAGUUGAUGUUGAAAGUGCUUUUACUUGUUCUCUUUGUAUAUUGUUUUUAUAACUGUUGUCGACUUGUCUUCUCAAGAAGGCGCAAGCUUCAGUACCUGUUAUUAUAGACUUCAAAAUACCUUAUAUUGGAUGUCAACAGUGACAUAAUGUUUAUAAUGCUGUUUUUGUUUUGAAAUGAGGCAGUUUGUACAUUAAAAAUAUUAUACUUCAGUUUUUAGUCA